AUGACCAGUCACCUUGUAGUUCCUGAUAAAAAUCAAUUUCAACGCAUUCUUCGUUUAUUAAAUAGCAAUGUUGAUGGUAAGACAAAGGUAAUGUUUGCCUUAACUGCUAUCAAGGGUGUUGGUCGUCGUUAUUCUAAUUUGGUUUGUAAAAAAGCUGAUGUUGAUCUAAAUAAAAGAGCUGGUGAGUUAACCAAUGAAGAAUUAGAACGUAUUGUGACCAUUAUUCAAAAUCCUACACAAUACAAAAUUCCUGAUUGGUUUCUCAACAGACAAAAAGAUAUAUUUGAUAGAAAAAAAUCACAAUUGUUGCUAAUGGAUUUGAAAAUUCGUGCUCACCGUGGUUUAAGGCAUUAUUGA